AUGGUGGGCAGCCUGACGGCCUCACUCGCCGCCCUCACGGGACUGCAGUCGCUGCUGCUGGGCGGCAACUCCCUCACCGGCUCUGUGCCCUCCGCCUGGAACACCGGCGCUGCGCUGGGCUCGCUCACGGUCAUCAACCUGACGGCCAACGCCAUCUCGGCACUGCCCACCAACUUUGGGGCGGGAGGCUGCUCCAACCUGGUCACCCUGGCCCUCGACUCCAACGGCAUGACGGGGAGCCUGCCCGGGUCGCUCACCCUCACCGCGCUGAAGGCGGCCACCUUUGUGGGCAACGCACUGACGGGCUCGAUCCCCACCUGGUCCAAGGGCUUGCCCUCCUCUGCCAGCGUGGCCGUACUGCCGCAGACGGGGACCACGAGCCUGUGCGGCUCCGUGCCGGCCUCCCCCGGCCUGACAUACUCCUCGAGUGGCACCAGCUUCGCGCUCGCCAACUCCCUGGGCUCCUGCUUCGUGCCCUGCAGCCAGACCGUCACCACCAGCCUGACCGGGACCAACCUAUUUGACGUGGCGGUGGCUGCCAAUGUCACCGCCUGGGACCUGGCCCGCGGCAACCUUCUGACGCCGGGUCAGGGCACUGCCAGCUCGGUCACCAUCCCCUGCUAUGGCACCGGGUCGCCCGUGGGCAGCUAUCUGGGCGGCGACGCCGCCUACGGCGCGCUGGCCUGGGGCUCGGCCUCGGGCGCGGCCUCGGUCACGUCGCACUCCACCUCCUCCUGCCUGGCCGCCUCGGGCACGGGGUCCUACGUGCGCGUGGACCUGGCAGCCAGCUACGCGCUGGCCUCCGUCGUGCUGGUCCUGGCGGGCAACGGCCUGGCGGGCGGCGCGGUGUCGGUCGGCGUCGCGGCCGACGGCUCCGACGCCACCACCUGCGCCUCGGGCCUGGUGCUGGGCGCGGGUACCGUGGCCGUCACCUGCGCCGCCAGCGGGCGCUACGUGACCGUGUCCGGCACCACACUGGGCCUGUGCGGGGUGCAGGUCUACCCCGCCGUCUCCGACGCGGCGCUGGGCAAGGCGGCGACGUACACCACGGCCUCCGGCACCGCGACGCUGGCGUCCUUCUCCACCGCCGCCAAGCUGGGCAUCGCGGGGUCCAGCCCGUCCUUCGUGCUGGACCUGGGCUACACCGCCAGCCUGGCCUCGGUGGUGGUCGGCUCGCCGACGGGCCUGGGCGUUGUGUCGCUGCAGGCCAGCAAUCCGCUGGCGGGGACCUCGCCCUCGUCCAGGCGCCUCCUGCGCGCGGCGCCCUCGGGGGUCGAUGCCGCAGGGGUCGCUGGUGCGGGCGGCGAGGCUGGAAUGGAGCAGCUCGGUGCGGAGACCCGCGCCACCACCACGGCAUCCGCAGUCGGCCGCCGGCUGCUGGCCAGCACGGCGUGCAGCGCCGGCAGCGGCGCCGGCGCCUGGACCUGCGCCGGGCUGAGCGGGCGGUACCUGGUGCUGGCCGCGUCGGACGGCACGCUGUCCUUCACCACCCUGCGUGCCUUCGCCUCGGCGGCGCCGGCGCUGGCGGUGCCGCCGCCGCCCCCGCCCCCCGGCGGCGGCGCCACCCUCACCUCCCAGCUCAUCUUUGUCGGCGGGACGGUGGCCACCUUCCGCCUGACCAGCACCUCGGACCGUACCGUCUUCCUGGCGGCCAUCAAUGCCGCCUUCCAGGCCGCGAUCGAGGACGCGGGGUACGAAAUGACCACCGCCGACACCACGCUGGAGAGCGCCACGACGUCGAUCAAUCCCAGCGAGUACGGGUACACGGGCAGCGUGCCCUCCGGCGCACAGACCCUGCUGCUGACGGUGUCCUACACCACCACCCUGCCGGCGACCUCCGUCGACAGCGUGCUCGGCACAUCCAGCGUGGCCUCGGCCAUCUCCUCCUCCCUGGACGCCUCGGGCUUCGGCGCGCCCGCCAAGCAGGUGGGGGAGGGCUCCUUCGGCCGCGUCUACCUGGCCAAGUGGCACGAGACGCUGGUGGCGGUCAAGGUGCUCAUGGCCACGGGCGUGGACAUCGAUGACGUGGACGAGGCCGCGCGCGCGCUGACCAUGUCCAACCCCAUCAUGGCCAGCCUGCACAAGGCGAGGAGGGGGGGGGGGGAGGCGCACAUGAUGGCGAGCAUGCGCCACCCCAACGUGGUGGGCUUCCUGGGCCUGUGCACCAACCCGCCCUGCGUCGCGUCCGAGUACUGCGCGCGCGGGUCGCUGACGGACGUGCUGCGCGGCGCGGCGCGGUCCCCCGCCCGCGCCGCGCAGCUGGACUGGUCGCGCCGGCUGAACAUGGCGCUGGACGCGUGCAAGGGCAUGCUGUACCUGCACUCCCACGCGCCGCCCAUCGUGCACCGCGACCUCAAGUCGCCCAACCUGCUGGUGGACCGCCACUGGCGCGUCAAGAUCUCCGACUUCAACCUGUCCAAGCUGCUGGAUGGCAGCCCGGUGAUGAGCAGCCUGGCCGCCACCAACCCGCGCUGGCUGGCGCCGGAGAUCCUGGCGGGGCACGCCGCCACCUUCGCCUCCGACGUCUACGCCUUUGGCAUCGUGCUGUGGGAGAUGCUGACCUGGGAGCUGCCCUGGCCCACCUCCAACCCCUGGCAGGUGGUCACCGUGGUCACCGAGGGCGGGCGCCUGGCAGUGCCCGACCGCGCCGCGCUGCCGGGCCCCGACACCCAGGACUGGGACGGGCUGGACGCCUACGUCGACCUCAUCCGCGCCUGCUGGGCCCAGAACCCCAACGACCGCCCCACCUUCAGCGAGGUCAUCCCCGUGCUCAGGGACCUGUUGGAGGCGCUGAUGCACAAGAAUGCCACGCAGGGGCGGCCCAGCUCGACGCCGGUGGGCCCGCCCACCAUGGCCGAGCCCCUGUACCUUAAACAGGCCGCCAGCCUGAGCAGGCUGGGCGCCACCAGGAGCAACGGCGGCGGGGCCGGCGACUCCGUGCCCGGCGACCCACCCGCCCCGGGCAGCACGGCUUGA